AUGCCUCCAGUGGAUAUAACUUUUGUGUGGCCUCGGAGUAUAGAGGAUAUACCUAGAGCAUUAUGGACGUUGCAUCACCAAGCAAGGCUUUACCUUCUAGUAAAGUACUUUUCGUCCAAUGAUAAAUUAUGGGGAUUGGUAUACCUAUUAAGAGAUCUAUUUUUCAUUUAUCUUGUAUACACACGGUUAGCUGAUGUGGCGAGGGUGGUUUGGGGCUAUGGCGUCAUUGGCUCGUUGAGGAAACUAUACAGAACUGUAUGUGCGCUGGUUUCAUCUAGAGUCUUGUCUCUACCGUUUAUCAAGAGCAAAAUCGACAAGGAGUUAAAUAGCACAUUGCAAAAGAUCGAAAAGGAGCUUAUGAAGAACAGCGAUGAUCUACAGCAGUUUGCGGAAUUGCCAUCUCACGGGUUAUCCAAGGAGGAUACUAUUUCGGAGUUGGUCAAAUUGCAACAGAUGAAGCAUUGUGAUUGGAAUAACGGGAGGGUUAGCGGCGCCGUAUACCAUGGCGGAGGGGCAUUAUUGCAGUUGCAACUGGAAGCUUACCACAAGUAUAGUGUUGCGAACCAAUUGCACCCAGAUGUUUUCCCCGGCGUUCGGAAAAUGGAAGCUGAGGUAGUGGCAAUGGUGUUGGCCAUGUUCAAUGGGCCAGAGGGUGCCUGUGGGUGCACGACAUCAGGCGGCACCGAGUCAUUGUUGUUGACGGGAUUAGCUGCAAGAGAGUACGGAAAAAGAUACAAGGGAAUAACCCGACCCGAGGUGAUUGCACCGGUAACGAUACACGCAGGGAUCGAAAAAGCAUGUUACUACUUUGGUAUGAAGUUGCACAAAGUGGAUUUGGACCCUGUCACUUUCCAAGUUGACGUAAGAAAAGUUAAACGAUUGAUCAAUAGGAAUACCGUGUUGCUCUGUGGGUCAGCUCCAAACUAUCCGCACGGUAUAAUCGACAAUAUCGAGGAACUCUCCAAGUUAGCAGUGAAAUACGACACCCCAUUACACGUGGACGCAUGCUUGGGAUCGUUCAUAGUACCAUUUUUGGAAUCAACAAAAGUGCAUGGUGAAGAUUGUAAGUUGCCGAUAUUUGACUUCAGGUUGCCAGGAGUCACGUCCAUUUCAUGUGACACGCACAAAUACGGAUUUGCGCCCAAGGGGUCAUCCAUAAUCAUGUACAGAAGUUCCAAAUUACGUGAAUGUCAAUACUACAUAUCGAGUGAUUGGACAGGGGGGAUGUAUGGAUCGCCCACGUUGGCAGGAUCGAGACCGGGCGCGUUGAUGGCAGGGUGCUGGGCGACCAUGGUGAGUAUCGGCAAGGAUGGAUAUAAGAAAAGUUGCGUUGAUAUAGUUCUGACAGCAAUGAAGUUCAAAAGGACAGUUGAAGAGGACCCAGUAUUGUCGGAGUAUUUGGAGGUUAUUGGUGACCCACUAGGUUCUGUUGUGUCGUUCAAAGUAAAGCCAGACAAGAUAUCGAGCUUGUCGAUUUACGGGUUGGGAGAUCUAUUGACCAAGAAAGGAUGGCACUUUUCAACAUUACAGAACCCACCGGCGUUACACUUUGCAUUUACUCGACUCACCAGCGCUGUUAUUGACGAGUUGAUCAGUGAUUUGGUAAGCUGUACAAAGGAAGCAGUAGAGAUUGGUAAAAAGGACAAGAAACAGCAAGGAGACACAGCAGCGUUAUAUGGAAUAGCAGGAAGUGUUCAUACGGCUGGGUUGGCCGACAAGUUGAUUGUUGGGUUUUUAGAUACAUUGUAUAAGAUAUAG